AUGAGCAGCUGCCGAGGGAUUCUCAUUGCGGGCGUCACCAAUCAAGCCCGCACCCAGAUGGCCGAAGGCUUCCUGCGCAGCUUCAUGAACAACGCUGUUUUCAUCAGCAGCGGCGGCUGGCGGCAUGGCGGCUGCGUGCACCCCUUCGCCGUGAAGGCCAUGGCGGACGUCGGCAUCCGCAUCGACCGCCAAUCGAGCACCUCUCUGGAAGGCGCGCGUCGGCAGCGCAGCACCUAUGACGUGUACGUGAGCAUCGAUGACCCCUACCCCGAUCGAGGCAGCGAUCGAUAUCAUCAGCAGCAGCGGCAGCAACCGUGGGGUGAGAGGGAAGAAGAGCAGGAUGCGGAGCGAGGUAACAGCGGAGAAGGUGCGCUCUCGGCGGCUGCGUCCUCGUCGCGGGAGUUGUUCUCCGAUCCCCUGCUCGCCUCCGCAACACCCAAGCACUGGACGGUCGCGCAGGACUCCACGGAUGGCCGGCAGGCGUGGACGCUGUGGAGUCCGCGUGACCCGCGCAUCUUCCACGCCACCUCGACCCGAAAGCUGCAGGACCACCUGUACGAGGGCGAGCCUCUCUUCGCGCGGGUGCGGCCAACCGAGCUGCGUCGUGGCUGCCGCGUGCAGCGUCGUUGGCAGGUGCCAUCGGUCACGGAGCGUUAUGCGGUGGAGACGGCAGAAGAGCAGCUUGCGCGUGUAGUGGACGCCCGCACGCAGCUCGCGCCGCUCUGUAUGGAGCUGAUCCGUGGUUUGGAGGAGGACUAUGGUGAGACGUUGCUGGAUGCCGCGGCGGUGGCGGCGUACACGGCUGCGGUUGCCGCGAAGGCUGCGGAGACGAAGGAAGGGCACCGUUCCAUCACCGGCGAGAAGAAGCUCGCGUGA